UUCUAUCUUCCUUUUGGACUUGUCUACCCCCACCUAUAACUGACGCUCAUCCUUUAAUCCUUUGUAAUAUAAUGUCUCUCACAUUUUGAUUUGUGAGUGAAAUAAGCAGCAAAAAUGGUGUCCCAAACAAUUGAUAUCUUGAAAAAUGAGCUUCCUCUUGAUCAACAGUUGGUGGUUUUGCCCGAUGAUGUUGUCACUGGUCUUGUUCUUGUGGACAUAAUCAAUGGCUUCUGCACUGUUGGUGCUGGAAAUCUGGCACCGAGGGAGCCCAAUAGACAAAUUUCAGGGAUGAUCGAUGAAUCGGCAGGGCUAGCCAGACAAUUCUGCGAGAAAAGAUUACCAGUUCUGGCAUUUCUUGAUUCUCAUCAUCCAAACAAGCCUGAGGAUCCAUAUCCUCCUCACUGUAUUGCUGGAACUGAUGAAUCUAAUUUGGUUCCUGCUUUACAAUGGUUAGAGCAAGAACCAAAUGUAACAAUGAGACGCAAAGACUGUUUCGAUGGAUAUCUGGGUUCAAUUGAGGAAGAUGGCUCGAAUGUCUUCGUUGACUGGGUGAAGAACAAUCACAUCAAAGCAAUUUUGGUAGUGGGAGUAUGCACAGAUAUAUGUGUACUGGAUUUUGUUUGUUCAACAUUAUCGGCCAAGAAUCGUGGGUUCCUCGGCCCUCUGGAGGAGGUGGUGGUGUAUUCUCGUGCCUGUGCAACCUUUGAUGUACCUCUUAACAUUGCCAGAAACACCAAAGGAGCUUUGGCGCAUCCUCAGGAAUUUAUGCAUCAUGUAGGGCUUUAUAUGGCCAAAGAAAGGGGAGCUAAAAUUGCAAACCAGGUUUCUUUCGGCGAACCAAAGAAACCAUGAGCUUAUGAAUUAUGGUGUCUAAGCCUUGUCACGUUUAGAUAAUGGUGUGUGUUUGUUUUAUGAAAGAGUUCAAGAUGUGCAAACUACUCUAAAAACUAAAGAUGUAAGAUAAAAAUUAGUGUUGGUUCGGGUUCGUAGAUUAUGCAUUGCUCUGUAGCUAACCGU